AUGUUUUUCGUCAAGAAGUUAUGCAAAUCACACUCUAAGAAGCAUGGAGUAGCUCCGAAGGGUUAUAUACCCGUGUACGUCGAAGGAAAGAGAUACAAAGUUCCUCUGAAGUAUCUCUCGCGUCCAGCUUUCCAAAAACUCCUCGACAAGUCCCAAACCAAUGUGUUGGAUCCAAAGAUUGAAGGGCCUCUUGUGCUUCGAUGUACAGCCGACGACUUCCAUAAGUCGCUGGAGAACUUCAAGGAGUAUUAG